GUUACAUUUUCCUCGAACGUAUGAACUUGUUCCGGAAAGGACAGAUCCAGAGUGAGCAGAACAGGCGGGAUCGGGGACAGAUCCAGAUUCAGAGUGAGCAGAGCAGGCGGGAUCGGGGACAGAUCCAGAUCCAGAUCCAGAGUCAGAGUGGGCAGAGCAGGCGGGAUCGGGGAUGGCUGCCAUGUGAAAAGUGACUGCAGAUCAUCAAUCCAUCCCUAUUCCAGUGGGAGCAGUGAAUCGAGAGAACAAAAGAAAAUAUACAGAAAAUUACUUUGAAAGAGGAAUUGCUUUAGAGGCAAUGAAGAAACCUUUCCUCAUUGUGCAGCUCUUCAUCAUCGACUGGAAAAGCUUACAUCCAAAAUUUUGAGAAAAUGCCAGCAGUUGUAAAUCUAUCUGGUAUAGACCUUCAUGGCUGUGAAGAUUGAGAUCUUUCCUGACAUUUCAGCCCGAAGCAACUCCAAGAGGUUCAGUAAAUUGACUUGUACUGAGUUAGUGGCAGAUUAGUCUAAACUUCUUCACUGUGUCUAUCAGUUCUUUAAUUACUUUGACUAAUCGCCAUUAACUGUGAAAGCUUCCAAAACUCAUCAGUGUAUGAAUGAGGGACUAUUGGAGCAAAUCCAGAAGAAAAUGUCCAAUUUGUUCUUUACUUUGCAACUCAAAAAUCAUUUUAGAAAAAUUCAUAACUGCUUAAAGAUCCGUUGACUACAAGCAGAUGUGCAGUCAAUUCAGGAGUUUCAAUUUAACACCUGAAUCUAAGCAGGGAGCUGACAUGCAGGAGCUGAAUAAAAGAUAUUCCCACUCACAUUCUGAAUGUUCAUCGAGAGGGAUGCCAUUGGAAAAUGGGAGUGACAGUGGGACUUGCUGUCUGCCUUGUGAAACUUUACAGUCUUCAUUUCCUGGAAAUCAGCCAAAAUCUUCACCUUCAGUUUCUCGAGUGUAUGAACCAGCUGCUGGGUUUAAUCUGAAGAUGACGAGAUUCAAUGUUUCAGCACCAAGAUCACUAAAGGAAUCUGAGGCUAAAAGACCAGACGACCAGAGGUGUCUCUUUGCUCCGAGAUACAGUACUUGUCUAGAUACAUCCACUUUCUCUCAAUGUUUACCAAAACGAAAGGCCACGUUAAGCUCACAAGAUGUAAACUUAAACAAAGAUGUGUCAUUGGACCAAAAUUCUAAUGGGUGCCUUGCCUCUACUGUCUCCAACCUUAAUCCUCUGCAUGAGAAACAGAUCCAGCCCUACUUAUCAGAAUACUGGGCACGAAGACAUCCUGAUACUUUCCAGUUGUUUAGAGACCGGACUUCACCUGAUUGGGACCCUGAUGAGGAAUACCAAGCGUUGCUUGAUUUUACAUAUCCCUUAAGACCAGGGCACUUGACUUCCAAGGACUAUUUAGAUGAUGAUAAUUUGUCCUCUGACUCUUACUUAAAGGAUUCUGGCAUCAUGGAUGACAGUCCCUUGCCCUCUCUGUCAAAUACAUUAAUAACAAACAACACACUGUCAUUGCCUGCUUACCAAUCGAGCACUAGCACCACCGCUAACCCAGCCUGGGACUAUCGCAGCUGCAGAGAGGAUGAUAUGAACUUUCCUCUUCAUUCCUCCAGUCCUUUACACAUGUAUAGCCAGCCUUCCAAUUGGACUUCUCAUCCAAACUAUAAAGCUAGUAUAAUCCCAAGAGUCUUUGUGGGAGGUCCUGCAGUCAACAAGAUGCAACUUUCAGAGGGUUUCACUAACUGUGCAAUUCCACCUGAUUGCACCUUCGCUACUUCAGUUGUUGAUUCCAGUUUUCUAUCAAAGAGCUCAAACGAAGAAUCUUCCAACUGGUUAUUCUUAGGAAAAGACCCUGCAGGCUUUAUAUUAACCACCCAGAUCCUUCCCUUAAAUAAAGCAUGGGAGAUUGAUGAGGAGUUUCUAACCCUCCCGUGUAAGCUGAAUGAAUUAGAAGUCUUGGCUCAACAAUUGGAGAACCUCUCAGUUCACUCGGAUAACAAGACAGCCUUUGUGACCAAUGCAAAAGGAGGGAUUGUAAAGACAAGAGAGGACACAGAUGUUCCAGGUGUCAGCACUGAAGAUAGUCUCAUUGACCAGAGCAACAGUACUGAGGCUGCCCAUUUGAGCUGCCAGUCAGGAAGUACCCCUAAAAAUACACCCAAGGGUCCGCAAUGUGAUGAUAUAAUCAUGGACUUAAAAAAGGCCAAUGACUUUAUUAAUAAGCUAGGCAGGUGGCCUGGUUCUCGGCUGAUAUCCAAUGAUCCACUGGAACAAGUAAGUGAGGAGCAGAAGAAUGAUAGUCUCCUGGCUGACAUUCAGAGCUUCAGUUCUAAACUUGAAGAAAUGGUCCAGUGGUUGUAUGAGGUUGCUGAGACCACAGAUAACUGGAUCCCGCCACAGCCCAGGAUGGACAGUAUCAAGGCAUCCCUGGAUAACUGCAUGGCUUUUAGGAAUGAUAUUAAGGAACACAGAGAGCUGACUGAAACUGUAUUAAAAUCUGGAGAACACCUACUCGAGUCAAUGAUCAACACCACCCCAGUUCUCAAGGACACACUUGAAUUGAUAGCAAGACAAUCCAAGAAACUAAAUGGGCAUGCUGCACACCUAUACUUAUCAGUUCUUUCAGCUAUGAAUAUGGUAAAAGAUGAUCUGGAGACCAAGCAACAGGAAUUUGAAGCUGCUGGUUUGGAAAGGCACUCUGUACAGGAUAUAGUAUCUCCAAAUUACACCCAUCAUAGAAAACUGAUGACUGAAUAUCGUUUUUCCAGACUCCGGAGAUGGCAACUUGCUUUGAGGAACGUGAUGCAUCAAACCACAUGAACUUGGAUCAUCCAAUAUAAAAUGCUGAGAAGUGGGAGGUUGAAGCUCCUUUUUUUUUUAAUUUGAGUUUGGGACAGAACUUCUGUCAAACUGUUGGUUUACAUUUGCACAUCCUUUUAAAAAAAAGUUAGUGGUCAAGUAAUUGGGUGUAUAUACAUUUCCUGUAUACAGUAAUUCUUUCAAAGCUCUUCACUUUAUGCAGUCACAUGAUUACUUUCAUUGCCAUAACAAUUUUAAUUACAUUUUCAAACCGGUCAAAUUCAGAGGCAAAUGAAAUAAAACCUGUUCUUUAAACUGCAUUAAAUAUUUUUAAAUUGCAGAUAGAUCUCCUCUAACCCAUGGGCAGCCUGUAACUGAAAAUCCAGAGGGGAUAAUGUUUCCUUUUCCAUGAGCUGGGAGUCUGAUAUUCACUCCUCGCUGUUAAAGGUCUCCCAGGCAGGUGGGCUAAGUCCCCCACGCAUGGGAGUGUGGUGCCCCUUCCCCCUUAUCCUGUAACCACCAGCUUACAGAAUCAGAAGUUCAAAAGCACCAAGUAAUCUAUAAUGAAUAGGGAUUCUGAUUCGAAAGGUUUUGUUUAGAGCCAGUUGUCUUCCUCCAUAGCCCCAUAGUACAAAUAGAAAGGGGUACCUCUCUAUCAAGCUAGAGGAAGAAGUGACAAAGGAUGAUCCUAUUCUGCCCCAGCACCAGCUCUAAUUGACAUAAUCAAGAUUCAGCACUUACGCAGAGGAACUGCAGAGACUGAAUUUUCCAGGGAACUAAGUCUUAAACCACCACCCCACAAAAACUUUAAGUGAUGUGGACAAUGCCGUGAGAGAGGAAGGUGGUGACACAAACUUUCCAGAGUUUAAAUAUUAACUUUGUGUUGGUUAGGGCACAAUAUGACUGACUGCAAUGUUGCAUGAAGUCCAAUAGUAGUGUAAAUGCUGUAAACAAAUUGGAACUCAGCAAUAACUUGCUCUAUUUGUAUUGAAUAACUAGGUGUAACCUUAAUUACUUUUAUAAAUGAAGUCUAAAAGUUGAUUUGCAGUGUUAUCUAAUGUAAUUUUUAUUAAAGUUUUUUGUUGUCUUAUUUUAA